UGCGGCCGGGGCCCGGUGGACGGCGGCUCCCUGCCGGGGCGCCAGGGCGGCCUCUCCCAUCCCGUCCCUUCCCUUCCCUCCUCAGGGCGCGGCGCGCAAGGGUCCGCGGAGGAGGCGGCCCCGGGAUGGCGGCGUGAGGCGGCGGCGCCGCGCCGUGAAACAACCUGCCCAUCAGAGGAGCUGCUGGAGACUGUUCUGGAGCACAUCUGAUCACUGCUGCCACAAGGCCCCAACCAGCCAUCCACAAUGUACUGUCUUCAGUGGUUGCUACCUGUCCUGCUCAUACCCAAGCCCCUCAACCCAGCGUUGUGGUUUAGUCACUCAAUGUUCAUGGGCUUCUACCUGCUCAGUUUUCUCCUGGAACGGAAACCUUGCACAAUUUGUGCCUUGGUCUUCCUGGCGGCUCUAUUCCUCAUCUGCUACAGCUGCUGGGGGAACUGCUUCUUGUAUCACUGCACAGGAUCCCAGUUGCCAGAAUCAGCUCACGAUCCGAGCAUUGUGGGCACCUAGAAAACGAUAGUCUUCCAGUCUGCUGAGGGCUCUUGUUUUGCUUUUCAAAAAGGGUUAGGGCUAGGGAGGAGGGAGGGGGUGUUAGGCAUGUGACUGGAGUAAAGACAGCCUGUUUCCUGUAACUGUGUGUGGACUGGAGUGGCAAAUUCCUCCCACUCUGCCUGUGAAAUUCGACUUGUUUACUGUGUGAACUCUGGCAGCACCACCUGCUUUUUUAGAAGCAGAUAUCUUUUUUUUCCCCUCCUUCCCGUAUCACUGGGAAGGGACACCAGCUCCUCCUGACUGAGCACUGGUGCAGGACCGAACUGCUGGCCUCUGCCCAGCUGUGUGCAGUGGUGCAGUUCUGUGUCACUCACUUGUCUGCGUUAGGCCAUGGUGGUCUAACUCAGGGCUCUCAACCCUCUGAUUCUGCUCAAGUAGCUGCAAGAUUCUCUCCAUCUUUGUGUGGAGCCAGUCUUCCCACCUUGCUGCUGCAGGGCAAGCUCAACAGCUCAGAGAUGCACUUGGCCAAAAGCUGCUGAAGCCAGAGGCAGUUGAGUCACCUCCUCCUGCUCAGCCUGCCAAAGAGAUGCAUGCACUGCCAAAGUGCUUUCUGAACUACUUAUGCUCCAAGAUCAUAGCCUGAAAGCCUCAGUUAUGCUGCUGCUUUUAUAAAGCCUCACAGGUAGUGGAGACUGACUCUUUCCCUCCUAGAUUUCUAGGGUUUACCAAGGCUGAUAGGAUGAAUAACCAGUAUGCUGCAAGAUGCAGGGUUUUGAAAGCCACUGUGAACCUCACCCUGUAAAACUCAUGCUAGUCCAAAAGGCCAGGCAUGGGCAGGGCAAGAGAGGAUCCCAAGGUGGAGUCAUGGCUUGAAGCAAGAAAGUGCUUCAGCCAUUUUCAGUGUGUUUGGGCCAGGGGUGACAGAAAGUGCUGGUGCUACUGACUGGAGAAGGAAGGAGGCCUGAGGAGUGCCCAGUGUCUCCACCUCCCCUGGCAGAAGGACGUCAAGAAGCGGUGGUGGUGGUUGUGGUGGGUCAGUCCUACAGCCACAGCUGUGCAGAGCCCCAUGCUGUGUGCAUUGCUCUGUACAGCUGUGGCUCCUGGGGAGCCCAGCCUGGAGCAGAGGUUGGUUUGUGAGAAGCCUUAGAGGGUAACACAAAACACUCUCUCUAAACUUUAAAGGUUUCCCUCCCCUUUUCCAUCCGUUUGUCUUUACUUCAGCCUCAUAGUGGAGAGCAGCAGAAGUGGCUGUUGCUCUCCUGAGGAAGUUCAAGCUAUGAGGUUGUGAAACUUCCAGAGUAUUGUUUGUUCAUUGCACAGCUGUUCAAAAUGUUUAAUAAAGCUUUAUAAACUUUGGUC